AUGGCCGCGAGUGGCAUCCCACUAGAUGCCGGUACUUUAAUGUCGACCGUGCUGGAAGGCAUUUUAUACGGCUUUUCAAUCCUUCUGUUUAUAGGUACGAUCUGGUCUUUGACCUACAAACAGCGCGUACGAGACAUCAAUCGCCCAUUGCCGUGGUGGUCAUCUUACUCACUUCUUACUUCUUGCAUUUGUUGUCAUCUACUUACAUCCACCAAGCACAUCAUCGUAGACAUCAUUCGUGUCGAAUACGCAUUUGUGAGGUAUCGCAGCACGUACCCAGGCGGGCCAUCGGCAUUCCUCGCAGACGUUUCCCAACAAACGUAUGUGCUCAAGCAUGCGUUAUACGUCUUACAAACUCUACUCGCUGAUGGGGUGGUGAUUUAUCGCUGCUAUGCUGUUUGGCAAUCUGUCUGGAUUAUCAUCCUACCAAGCAUACUGUGGUGCAGCGUCGCAGUGACUGGUGUUAUCGGGCUCUACUGUGCGUCGCAAUCCGGGAGUGAUUCUGGAGACAUCUAUGCCCAGGUGCUUGCGAACUGGGUCACGGCGUUCUUUUCCUUGACGAUUGCGACCAACCUAUUAAGUUCAGGAUUACUGGUGUAUCGCAUCUGGUCGAUUGAGAGCAAUACCUCUGCAGCUCGCGCUACUAAAGGCACUAUGAUGCCAAUUGUGCGCGUGCUUGUGGAUACUGCUGUUUUGUACUCUGUGGUGCUGUUUAUAGCAUUGAUUUGUUUCGUCCUCUCGAACAAUGGGGAGGUUGUUAUGCUAGACAUGGUCAUGCCAAUCGUGUCGAUCGCCUUCUACAUGGUGCUUAUUCGCAUCGCAAUUGCUCGAAAAAAACGCUAUUACUCGAAUUACAAUAUGCCCAGGAGGACAACUAGCGAGGCGGGACAAGACAGCUCGCGGCAAAAUGCUAUAAAGCCUUUGCAGGUCCACAUAUCCCAAUUCGAUGACGGUACCCCAGGGUUUGGAAAAGGGAAUGAAGACCAGCUAUCGCCAUCCCCAGCAGAGUCUGUGUAA